CGUAUCGGAAAUCGCCAUACCAGUAACAAAAAGAAAAACCCUACCGCUUCUGCAUUCUUUUGUGAAUUUUGUCCAGAUUGUUGGCAUUAGUGAGAAUGUGUGAAGUGAUCAACAAUCUCAUAUUUGCAGAAACAAUGCAUACUAUCAAUAAUGUUUAUUUUUGUUGAUAUGGUGUAAUACAAAGUGUAUAACUAUUUGAUGACAGUUGUGAAGUGAUGGUUAACGUCUUUCAUCUAUUAUUCAAAGCUCACCCGAGCUUUUUUCUUUAAACUGAUGACAAUUUGAUACUUUUUUGUGGAUACAUCAUGCCUACAUUAAUUGGAGUUACGGAGUUUGUUCAGGAAACAAGGGACGACUACAAUUCUCCAAUUACAUCAACUUUCGUAUCUCGUAUGCAGCAAUGUAGGAAUACCAUUACAAAUUUGGAAGAGACUUUGGAUUAUGAUAGAGAUGGGUUAACUAAAAUGAAAAAAGCGAUCAAGGCGAUCCACACUUCUGGGAACUGUCAUGUAGAUAACGAAUCAUACUUGGUAAAAGCGCUGGAAAAGAUUGGACAGAAUGCAUUAACGAAAGAGCACGAAGAAACCAUAGGAAAUGCAUUUUUGAAAUUUGCUGUCGUUACUCAAGAAUUAUCCGCGCUUAUGAAAACACUGAUGCAGAAUUUAAAUAACAUAGUUAUGUUUCCCUUGGAUAGUCUGUUGAAAGGAGACUUGAGAGGAGUUAAAGGUGAUCUGAAGAGGCCAUUCGAUAAAGCUUGGAAGGACUACGAAAGCAAAUAUGCGAAAAUUGAGAAGGAAAAAAAGCAACAGGCUAAAGAUGCAGGAUUGAUUAGGUCAGAAGUAACCGCGGCUGAAAUUGCCGAUGAAAUGGAAAAAGAAAGGAGGUUAUUCCAGCUUGCAAUGUGCGAGUAUUUGAUAAAGUAUAACGAAAUAAAAACGAAGAAGGGUAUUGACUUGCUACAGAGCUUAGUAGAAUAUUAUCAUGCUCAAACAAAUUAUUUUCAAGACGGAUUAAAGACGAUAGAACAUUUUGGAAACUACGUAGCAGAUCUUAGUGUAAGGUUACAAAAAAUUAGGCAAGCGCAAGAUGAAGAAAAAAGGAAACUUUGUGAUUUGAGGAACUUGAUUAAGUCCACUCCAAGUAUCGAAAAAGAGGUGGGUCCUCAAGUGGAUAAAGGGGCAGCAGGGUAUUCGUUACAUCAGUUACAAGGUGAUAAACACCAUGGUGUGACCAGAACUGGCCACCUUCUCAAAAAGUCGGAGGGUAAAAUGAGAAGGGUCUGGCAGAAACGCAAGUGCAGGGUACAAGCGGAAGGUUUCCUCGAGAUAUGUCAUGCUGACGAGAGCAAGCCUCCUACAAGGAUAAAUUUGCUCACAUGUCAGAUCAAGAUUGUUCCAGAAGAUAAGAAGGGUUUUGACUUGAUUUCGUAUAAUCGGACGUAUCACUUUCAAGCAGAGGAUGAAUCUGAUCAGAAGGCAUGGAUGUCAGUAUUAAUAAACUGUAAAGAAAUGGCAUUGAUGAAAGCUUUUGAUGAUAACACAAAGUCAGGUGGUGAUAAUCAUAGUUUUAAGGAACUGCAACAGGCUAUCAUCAAGUACAUUCAGAAAAUUCCUGGCAACGACCGAUGCUGUGAUUGUAACUCUCAAAAUGAUGCCACAUGGUUGUCAACAAACUUUGGUAUCAUAGUAUGCAUAGAAUGUUCAGGGAUACACAGGGACCUAGGAGUACAUAUAAGUCGGAUACAGUCGUUAACGUUAGAUAACGUCGCAACUAGUCAGUUAGUGCUUGCAAGGUUCAUGACGAAUCAUGCUUUUAAUGACAUUAUGGAGGCGCAUCUGUCACCACACGACAAGCUAGAUCCUUCCAGUUCAAUGGAUGAACGACUAAAUUUUAUUAGAGCAAAAUACGUAGAAAAAAGGUUUGCAACAAGGGCCUGCCAAUCAGAAAUGGAAAAAAUGUUUGAAUUAGAAGAAGCUGUCAACAGAGGCGAUCUGCAGUUACUUUUACAGACGUUUGCAGAAAAUGUUGAUUAUAGUCAACCAUUACCAUACUCAAAAAUUGGCGAAACGGCACUACACCGCGCGAUUUUGAACGAAUCAGGCAGGACCCUUCACAUAGUGGACUUCCUGAUUCAAAACAUGUCGAAUUCAGCGAUUGACAAACCGACUAACCCCCCUGCAGUACCUGAAAUGAGCGGUAGUAACACCGCCCUGCACCUGUGCGCCAUCUAUGACAAAGUGGAAUGCAUGAAACUACUGCUCAGAAGCGGAGCUGACGCGAAUCUUAGAAACUCGCAGAACAAGACUGCAAUGGAUAUUGCCCAAGAGUUGGGGAAUACUGCGUGCCAAGAGCUGUUACAAAAUGCUGCGAACAGGCUGAAGAAUUAUUUUGACAAUAUAAAUAUUGAUUGGAAUUUGUCACAUGAUGACGGAUCCACUGACUUCUCUGAUGAUGAAACUAUUAUCGAAGAUAGGAAUGGAUCAUUGACCCCAGAAAAGAAAAACCGUUCAAGGCCUCCAAGCUACACAACUAUAGUUCACAGCAGUUUGAAGAAAAGGACAGCCCCUUUACCCCCUCCGAGUAGUGCAAUGCAGUACGGCACUCUGCCUAGCAGCCACAGCAGAACUCCUUCAGACCCGAUUGCUGCCGGAUAUCAUACUCUAAGUCACACGCACAAGCGUUCGCCUAGUAGCGAUUCAAGUUCUGGAAGAUCUGUGAUACCCAUAGGAAGUAAACUAGUCAUGCCAGAUUGCAAGAAUUCAGAUAAGUUUGGAUCAGUGAGGAGGCCUCAGAAUCCCCCCCCACCUGCUCCUCCAAAUUCGUCUACAAAUCGAAUGUCUAAUGGGAGGUCAACUGAAAGCAUAUCCUCAAUGGCGUCUGAUGUGGAUGUUACCGCAAUGGCACACAAUCCUGUACCGCCUCCAAGAAGGGCAUCAGACUCGCCGCCUCACAGAGUUUCAUCUAGUCCAAUUUCAACGAGUUCCUUGUGCUCUCCCCGAUCCAUGCCUAGUGGAAGGCUCUCCUACACAUCAAACGGUAACACGACAUUGAGGAGGUGCAAAGCACUCUAUGACUGCGCAGCAGACAACGACGACGAACUAUCCUUCCAGGAAGGAGAGAUCAUCAUCGUCAUCAACGAGCACACUGAUGAUGAUAAUUGGAUGGAGGGCAUGGUGGAAAAUGAUCCAGAACGUACUGGGAUGUUCCCUAUAAGUUUUGUUCACAUGCUGCCCGAUUAGUAACCGCCUGGUAACGUUAGAUUUGUUUAAAGGUCACUAUGAAGCGUUUUCUUCAUUAGCAAGAGUAGCAAGUUUUUAGGUGAAGUAUGGAGGUUAUGAGAACCUGAGCUAGUACCCUUUGAAAACAGUUGUUUUCAUUGCCGCGUAUAGUAGUCGAGAGUUUUCGAAUUUCUUUCUUCAAUGGAACGUCUCAUAUUCUGUUACAUAUUCAGAUAGAUCCUUCCGAAGAAUUUAUAUAGUCUACAGUACGUAUAUUCACUUACUUUUGGUCCGUUCUUUGAACGACUGUAUAAAUAUCUUUGGACCUGAAGGAGUUCGUUCUUGAGUUGUCAACUGUGAACAGUGUCACCUUCUGCAGUUUUUGCUUGUAGUAUAAUCAUAUUAGACGAAAAUACCCCUGGUUUGCGAAAUCAUUGAAGAGGUUAGAAUAAAAAGGGUACAAGUGCAUUUUUAACAUACAGGGUGCGUCAUCUCUUACUUUUUUUCUAUUUGAAAAAUCAACACGCUUUUUACGAGGUGAAAUCGAUUGUUUUUUAUUGAUAAAUGAAGUUUAUGCCAUUUAUGUAUAAAAAUUAAAAUCAGUCAUGUGACCACCGCGGCUUCGUUUACAGGCCAACAUCCUAACAUCAAAAUGUUCAAUGACUUUUCCCAGACUAAUCGGGUCUAUGGCCACAAUUUCAGUCCGAAUAUUGAGCUUCAGGUCUUGAAUUGUCCGGGGACCAUUCGCAUACACUUUUCCUUUCAAAAAUCCCCAAAGAAGAGGUCAAGAGGUGUUAAAUCGCACGAUCUCGGGGCCAACUGACGUUUGAAUUUCGUGAAAUUAUGCGGUCUUGAAAUUUCGUGGGCAAUAAGGCGAUUGUUUGGCGAGAUGUGUGAGCCGUUGCUCGGUCUUGAUGAAACCAAAGAUCGUCGGCACCAAUGCCAUCCAAUUGUGGCCACAAAAAGUCUGUUAACAUGGCGCGAUAACGUUCCCCGUUGACGGUAAUGGCCUUUUCUUCGGCAUCUUCAAAGAAGAAUGUUCCAACGAUGCUACCAGCCCAUAAUCCGCACCAAACAGUCACUUUUUCAGGAUGGAGAGGUUGUUCAUGAUAUUGGUGUGAAUUUUCAGCCCCCCAGAAUCUGCAAUUUUGCUUAUAAAUAAUUUUUUAGUACAAGGUCCAAAACAUACCUGUGCGAAGUUAUCAUUCACUCUUUCGGCUAGUGCGUAAACCAUUUUGGAAGUAAAAUCUGCAUGAAUAAAUUAAUUUUCACUAUCCCAAGAGUGUCACAAAGGUAGACAGCAAAUUAGAUUCUUUCUUUCCCUCAGCAACAAAUAAUUAAACAGGUGUAACAGUAAAUACAGUUCGCCUAGGAUAUCUGUGUUGACGAAAAGAAUGCGGAAAAAAAUCGGGUUGUUAUUUGGUUGUUACCACGUCUAAUCUUCCGAAUUGCUGUUUAUGUUGGUAGUUUCCCUUUUAAAUUAUAAACGAAUUGUAGAUUUGGAAAACCCUAACGAGCAACAUUUUGAACGCUUAUUGAAAUAAAAACUGAUAUUUUCGUGUUUCUGUUUUCCAUCUGAAUAAAUUAAGAUAAAUAAAGAUUUUUCUAAUUUUCUCGAAAACGAAUCGACUGAUUUUAAAAAAACAAACGUCAAAAUAAAGGACUUCGAAAGACCUUUCAAACAAGUUAUUACUCGAUACCUCUUGUCAUUUACAAUUUUUAAGGGAAUGACCCUGGGGGGCAGAGGGUGAAGUAGUUUUUGGUUAAAAAGUUAUCCCCCUUCCGAUAAAUCCGUGGUGGGAAGUUUUCAAAUGAACACCCUGUAUAGUAGAAAACUGCCUCCAACGCUCUUGAAUGAAGAAAGCGUUUGCUAGGGUCUAUCACCUUAUUGCGAAAUAUUUGAUCAGAUGUUAUAGAUUAAAAUGUCAGUGUAGUUGUGAUGUAGAAAGUAAUGUCAACGUAUUGCCAUACUAACACUAUGAAGUCUUAAUUGUUGUUGACCCACAGAGAUACUUAAAUCUAGAUAUGUGUGUUGAAUUAUAUUUUUGCAGCAUGAAGUUAUAAUAUUGAAGUCUACAAUUUUAUCAGUUUGUGCCAUUCUGAAAAUAAAAGGUAUUUAUCAUCAGGUACACACAAGUAUAACUUUCUAAAUGUUCACUAAUAUGAAGAUUAGAUAGAUUGAAAGAUAUAUAGAUGUGUAAAUAAGAAAAACUAUAAUAUAUAAAAAUAGCGAAAUAUAUGAAAUAUAUAAUCAACACUUCUGAGGUUUCUCAUACAAAAUGUUAUCAUACUGAUGUUACUGAAGUGAAGUACAAGUAUCAAACAGCAUAAGAUGCGUGAUGGCAGUGGUAACCGCAACAAUGUAUGGCAAAGGUAACAAGAUUAUGUAAAUAUACAGGGUGUCCAGUAAGUACCACGACAAACUUAAGAAGAAGGUAGGCUUUGGACUGACCUCUCAGAUAACAAAAACUUAUCUAUAUAAAAGCGUCACCGUUUUUGAGAUAUUGAAUUUUUUCUUAAAUUUUAAAAAAACUAACCUUUUCAUCUGUGGUCUUUAGCUGCAUGUACGAAUAAGGUUAUAACGGGUGCUUUUUUUAGAGGUAUAGAACUUUAAAUUGCAAUAAAACAACGAUGGAUUAUUCGAUUGACAUGCAUUUUUUUUUAUUCGAAAGAUAAUCUUGUGGCAUUACAUUUUAAAUAUGACUUCUGGUAUAUGACUGCCACGGCUGGAUCGGAUCUCUUCCAAUCUGGACGUCCAAUUUUCGAUGACUUUCCAACAUUUGUGGGCGUAUAUCGGCAAUAACAUGGCGAAUGUUGUCUUCCAAAUGGUCAAGCGUUUGUGGCUUAUCCGCAUAGACCAAUGACUUUACAUAGCCCCACAGAAAAUAGUCUAGCGGUGUUAAAUCACAAGAUCUUGGAGGCCAAUUCACAGGAUCAAAACGUGAAAUUAGGCGAUCACCAAACGUGUCUUUCAAUAAAUCGAUUGUAGCACAAGUGUGACAUGUUGCGCCGUCUUGUUGGGAUCAUAGCUCCUGGACAUCAUGAUUGUUCAAUUGAGGAAUGAAAAAGUUAGUAAUCAUGGCUCUAUACCGAUCACCAUUGACUAUAACAUUCUGGCCAUCAUCGUUUUUGAAGAAGUACGGACCAAUGAUUCUACCAGUCCAUAAAGCGUACCAAACAGUCAGUUUUUCUGGAUGUAAUGGUGUUUCGAGAUAGACUUGAAGAUUAGCUUCACUCCAGAUGCGGCAGUUUUGUUUGUUGACGUACCCAUUCACCCAGAAGUGCGCUUCAUCGCUAAACAAAAUUCGCUUAUGAAAAUCGGGAACAACGGCAAUCUCGUUUUGGGUCCAUUCAACGAAUCUACGCCUUGUUUAAUGAUCGUUUGGCUUCAAUUUUUGGACGAGUUGGAUUUUGUAAGCACGCAAACCAAGAUCCUUCCGCAAAAUCGAAUUAACUGCUCUGAUGGACGAUUUUGUCGA